AUGGCCUCUGGACGCACAGAACGCGUCUAUCACCAAGACUACAUUGCGCGCAUCAGAUACUCCAACACAUUACCACCACCUCCGAAUCCGCCAAAGCUUCUCGACAUCCCUGGAACUGGCAUCGCCUCGAACAACUACACAUCAGCUUCCUAUGCCUUGAAGCUUGCGCGAGAGCAGCCUCUCAACAUCGAGGCCGAUGCCGAGCUUGGAAUGCCCAUUGACCUCGUCGGUCUGCCAGGUGUCUUUGAUGGAGAUGAGAGCGCUAUCAUGGCCCAAGAUCCUCCGCCGCCGCUUCACCCCAAAGACCGAGCACUUCUCAAGCCCCUGUCAGCACUCGGAAAGCCGACAGCAAUGAACUCGGGUGUCAGUUUCCUUCGCAGAACAGAAUACAUCUCGUCCAACGCUGCCGCCGUCCAACGUUUCGAGUCGAGUACCUCCAAAGAUCUCCUGCGUGUGCGCAACGAUCCCAAGCGCCGCAAGCCUCCGACCGUCAAUCGCGACGACCCCAUCAACAUCAUCAGAUCCCUCGUCAAGGGCUUUGACCUUGCCUACCCUGAAGAUGCUUACACUGGCCCCGACUCGGAAACAAACAUUCGUGGUGCUCCCAUUACCGAAGCCGACAGAAGUGCUUGGAAGAAGCCAAAACACCCUACCAACCCCAACUUGACCCUUUUGGAUUCAUACCCUCUUCUUCCCGACAUGGACGCCUUACCCAUGACUGGCGAAUACCAGAUCGUCAAGUUCAGCACCAACCCAGUCGCCCAAUCAGAUUCCUACGACCACCGCCUCGAUACAGCACUAUUGCGACCACUUGGCGCAGACCUCGCCUUGCUCGAAGAGCGCAUGGAUGCCCACAAAGCUGACCCAACUAUGCCCAAACCCCUGCCCGAGUGGGACUACGACUUGUUCCUGGCAGAGGACGAAAGCUCAGUCCGUGGCAUCAAGCGCAAGUUCGAUACAAACGAUGCUCAGAACGACGACCCCUCACUCUACGACAACGAGGCAGACGGUGAAAGCUUCUUCCUGUUCCAGCGUAUCCGUGAAUACGAGACAUACCAACAGGCCGGUGACGCCGACAACGCAUAUGCCGAUACGGUCGCUCUCGCUCUGCACGACACUGGCGACCGUCUUGAAAAGGGUGCCUAUUUCUAUCCCAUCAAACAGCGAGCCAACCUCCGUCCGAAGCGUAGGACAGCCGGAGUACUUGAGGAGGGCCGCGUCGAGCACGUUGACGUGCUGCAUGUCAACGUCAGAGAUUCCAAUCCAGAUGAAGUCAGCAUGCGCGAGGAUAACCAGGCUAAACUCGACCCUACCACUGAGAGCGUAUAG